AUGGUCAGAACCGUGGUUGGCCCUGUAUGGAGUAAAAUUGAGGACAAGCCGGACGAAGUACUUCGUUUCGCCGAUGAGAAGGUUGACGUCGCACUGAAGUACGCGGACAGCUACAUCCCCAGAGACCUGGCGUACAAAGCUUCGGAUUUUGUCCGCACUGUUCCGGUGCGUGCCAAGGAGGCCCUUCACGGCUAUCAGGAAAAGGGUGCCCUUGGCGCUGCAAAAUCCUAUUAUUACGACUCUCUGGAGCCGGUUCUGUCAGCCUAUCUUGUCUUCUUAUGGCGCUUGGCGUUGUCCAUGCCGCUUGUUCCCCACGUGGUGGUAGCAGCGUACCCCACGGUAUUCGCAGCCGCCAGUAAGUACAACACCGUCGUUGCAUCGUUUCAAAAAUCCGACUUGCCGUACGUGAAGAAGGCUGCGGAUGUGGUUCCGCUGGUUCCUGUGGAGAAAGCUGAGAAUUAUGUGAAGCUCAGUCUACAGCAAGCUGGAGUGCAAUAG